GUUAACCCUGUGUUCAGUCAGUAUGUUCCUAUCCUAGGUAGCGUUUAAAUUUAAACGUUAUGCCUGGAAGGAUAUUUGUAACCCAGCUCUUGCUUUGGUUCUAAGUUUAUAACAGGAUAAUUAAUUAAGGAUGGCUCAAUCACUGAUCUCUUGUCCUGUUUGCUCCUCUCCAAGUUUCUCCAACACCAGUACUCUAUGCCUGGCACUCGUCAACGUAGCAUCCAAGUGGCUGAGGUGUACCAUGUGUGAGGAGGAACUGAGAGGGUUGGACAAGCUGACAAUACAUCUCCUUGGACACCUCAUCCACUCACCCGGCUUCAAGAGAGUUCUGUCUAAUGAUACCUUUGAUGCAAGAUCAGUCUUGUCCUCGCAACCUUUGAACCUUAUAAAGAAUCAGAGUGAACAAGCGAAGCAAAACACCACUGAGCCAGUGUCAGAUGUUGACCCUACUGCUUUGCAAAGUAACAUUGAGAAUGAAAGACCCAGUCUUAAAAUCGAUGAUGAAGUCAUGAUAUUCUUCAAUUCUGACAAUACGAACAAACAUUCUCCAGGGGCAAAAGAAAAUGUUGUUAGAACUCUUGAUAAUGAAACCGGCUCUGUUUCAGGUCUUCCCAAAUUUACGAUAAACUUUGAAAAAACAGCUACUCAAAGUGAAAGUAUUUCCCAUUGUGAGAACCUUGGUAAGACAUCCAAUAGGAAUCUUGUAGAAGAAUCUUCUUUGAAUCAUUCUCUCCAAUAUUUCCUUCCAUUUAAUCACGAAAAUCAAAACAUGAUAAAUCCUGUCAAAGAACAUGAAUUACAAAUGGAACUUUGUCAUGAAAAGGAAAAGGAAGUGACCGAUUUGCUAGAAACAGGACAAACAACAGGUGUUUGUAAUAAAAUUAGCUGUUCCUUGGAAAACACGGAAAAUAAAAUUGGUUUAAAAAAUUCAUACCUUUCACCAAAAGGUGAACGAGUUGUAGGUUUCCGUUGUGAUGUAUGCUCUUUAGUUUUCCCUGAUGAAAAUAUUCUAUCCAUGCAUCGCCAGCUAAUUCAUGUAGAACUUGGAUCGACUGAACCUACUAGUUACAAGUGCCAUCUGUGUUCUAAAUCAUUUGUUAUGAAGGGAAGCUUGAUGGUCCACAUGAGGGUAGCACAUUUUGGUGGUGCUGUAGUGGCAAGACUGGUGGAGGCAAAACAAUUAGAGACAAACGCUGUCAGUCCAGAUUCAGCUCAGUUUGUCUGUUCUGUUUGCAACAAAGGCUUUCAGAAAGAACAACAGUUGGCGUUGCAUGAGAAGCUCCAUGAUGGAAAGCAGUGUGACAUAUGCUUCAAGACAUUCACUACUAAGUACUUCUUGCGAAAACACAAACGUCUACACACAGGUGAAAUGCCGUAUCAGUGCAGCCAAUGCAACAAGAGCUUCACCUUCCAGCAAUCGUACCACAAGCACCUACUAUACCACAGUGACGACAAGCCGUACACUUGCAGCGACUGUGGCCGAUCAUUCAAGGAGUUGUCCACACUUCACAACCACCAACGGAUACACACUGGCGAGAAACCCUUCUCUUGCGAGACCUGUGGGAAAUGUUUUCGCCAGAGAGUGUCAUACCUGGUCCAUCGUCGCAUACACACAGGUGUGAUGCCAUACCGAUGUCAAGAUUGUGGCAAAACCUUCCGAUACAAGGUCAGUGAAAGAACCCACAAAUGUUUUACUUCUACAGCCAACAGUGGCACGGAUGUCUCUACUCCUCUUCUCAGUGAAGCAAAAUGUGAUGACCCGGCAACAUUUUUGGCAGACGAAAAUAACCAAAGUGGAAGUAACAACGAGCAAGUCAAAAUACCAGAUAACACUGAGUUGAAGCAGUCACUCGCUGAGUCUGAGAUGUAUCCGGAACCUGCAGACUUUUUCUCUCUUGUAAUGUCUCCUUCGGACAGACUUCAAAAUCUGUCGUUGGCGUCGGAGGUGGAGGCUGAUAUGUCACCCUCCGACCGUGGAAGAAUUGACUCUGAGGCUCUCAAACAGCUGUUGUAUGAUGUGGCUGAUUACUCUUGAAGAGUUUUCUCAUCAAGAUGAUGCUUAUGUUCACAGCGACUAGUUGAUUCAAUGUGUGUAGUCUGGUUUGUUAUAAACAUGUGAUGUAUUCUUACUUUCUCGAUUAUAUUUCAAAUGCUCCCUCUCAUUAGCUUUUGCUGAUGGUAUUUAGCAUGGUAAAAAUAAAAC